UGAUGCAGGCGUCCGAGUCACCUUUACCGACCAGAUAUGCAUCAAUGUGCCAGUAGCGGAAUCUAUUUGCACACAGACAUGCUCGCUCCAAUCUACUCCAACACGCUGCCGUGCUCGAAUCAUUUGCACUCGGCUCCUGUGAGAGCACCAUCAUACGCUCUCGAGUCUCCAGUUUGCAACGUAUGGCGACCGACGGCUGCGCUCCCCAGCCCAAAGCGCACGGCCGGAGCACUAUCGAGAUUAGCUCGCGACGACGAGGUGCGCACCGUACCUUGCUCGCUUUCCGAUGACCGCUCUCACCUUCACGCCGCUCCCCCACAGGACCGAGGACACACCCUCUGGACUCGUGCGGUCACUGGACGCGCCCGUGCUGGACCUUAUGCAUCGCAUGUCCGCAUUUGAGCCGUGUCAACGGAUAUCUUCAGCAUGUUUCUGUCAGAACGGCCGUGAGCUUUCAUCAUAUGUAUCGAGCACUGGGUCCCCUCUAGCACGCCACACAGACACGAAUGCACCGGCACUUCAAGGCUUCUUCUGCUGGCACUUCCAGCCCCACCGUCCUUUCGAUCACCACCUUCGCUCACCUAAAGCAUGUGGCAGCCCUUGCGGGUGGUCAAUGUACCAUCACCAGGCACGCGCCGCACCUAUGUCUGUGCGAAUAUCGCUGACACGAUCAGAUCGAUUCUCGGAAAAGGGAAUUCGACCUUUUUCG